UUCAGAGCGUCACAUAGGAGCCAUGUUAGCGUCAAACGUCGCAGAAGCGUGUGUUUGUUUUUAAAGCGGCAGGUUAUGAGUGGCGGCGCCUCGGAGUUUGACGAAAGCUCUAAUAGUAAUUAUAAUACCUGUGACGACAGAAUGGACAUAGACAUGGAUUCAAGUCACACAGAAAGCGAGCGCGGAGAACUGGACGCCAGCAUCGCGGCUCCUUGUUCUUCUAACGGCAGCGGCGGUGAAGAGGAGGAGGCGGAGGCCCUCGGCCGCUCCAGAGAAGCCGCGGGCUCUGGUAGUCAGCACGCGGCGGACGGAGCAGUGCUGGGCGGCUGCAGAGAGCAGGAGGUGUCGGUGGAUAUCGGAGAGACGUAUUUAUGUCAGCGAGUCGACAAGACGUGGCAUGCAGCAGAAGUAAUUCAGUCCCGGCUGAAUGAGCAGGAAGGCAGGGAGGAGUUCUAUGUGCACUAUGUGGGAUUCAACAGGCGCCUAGAUGAGUGGGUGGGUAAGGUGCGCCUGGCACUUACAAAGACAGUUAAGGAUGCAGUGAGAAAGAGCACAGAGAUCGGAGGAGUCAGUGAUUUAGGUGACCAGCCGGAAAGGAAAAUCACCCGCAACCAGAAGCGCAAGCAUGAUGAGAUCAACCAUGUGCAGAAGACUUAUGCUGAGAUGGACCCAACAACAGCUGCCCUGGAGAAGGAGCAUGAGGCGAUUACCAAAGUGAAAUAUGUGGAUAAGAUCCAAAUAGGAAACUUUGAGAUUGAUGCCUGGUACUUCUCACCCUUCCCCGAAGACUACGGCAAGCAGCCCAAACUGUGGAUCUGCGAGUACUGCCUGAAGUACAUGAAAUAUGAGAAGACCUUCAGACAUCAUCUGUCACAGUGUCAGUGGAAGCAGCCUCCAGGGAAGGAAAUCUACAGAAAGAGCAACAUCUCAGUCUAUGAAGUGGAUGGGCGGGACCACAAGAUCUACUGUCAGAACCUUUGUCUACUAGCCAAGCUGUUUCUUGACCAUAAAACACUAUAUUUUGACGUGGAGCCGUUCAUCUUCUAUAUCCUCACUGAAGUCAACAAACAGGGGGCACAUAUCGUCGGGUACUUCUCCAAAGAAAAAGAGUCUCCAGAUGGGAAUAAUGUGGCCUGUAUCCUCACACUACCACCUUACCAGCGGAGAGGAUAUGGGAAAUUCUUAAUAGCUUUCAGCUAUGAGCUGUCAAAGCUUGAGAGCGCGGUGGGUUCUCCGGAGAAGCCGCUGUCUGAUCUGGGGAAGCUGAGCUACAGAAGCUAUUGGUCCUGGGUUCUGCUGGAGAUCCUGAGGGACUUUAGGGGAACACUAACUAUUAAAGACCUCAGUCAGAUGACGAGCAUCACACAGAGUGACAUCAUCAGCACGUUGCAGUCGCUCAACAUGGUGAAAUACUGGAAAGGUCAGCAUGUUAUCUGUGUGACGCCCAAACUAGUAGAGGAGCAUCUCAAGAGUGCCCAGUACAAGAAACCACCAAUCACAGUGGACACGGUGUGUUUGAAGUGGGCGCCUCCCAAAAAUAAGCAGGCGAAGUUGUCCAAGAAGUGAGAAGUGGAACUCCACGCUGGCAGCUGGGCCACAGCGCCACCUGUUUUUGUCCCCCCCCAUUUUCAUUUGUAGACCCUGCUGAUAUGUACAUAGACAAUAAAUAACACAUGUCUGUACUUUUAAAAAAAAA